UGCACGGACGGAAUUUCAGUCCCCCUUUUUUUGCAUAAUUCUACAGACUUUUAUGACUGUCUCGCUUUUGCAAUUAUAGACAACCUUAACUGUACAGAACAGACGCGGCAGGUGGCGCUGUGUUAACAGACGAUGGCUCUCUCCUGGUGCCUCCGUCUGACUCUCUUCCUGGUGGCCACCCUGGCCGUGUCACACAGCGCCGAGCCCGGCUCCACACACACCAAGAGGAGGCCCGCCCCGCCCUCACCAGCCAGCGGGAACGCCCUGCAGUACCCCGAUCCACCAGUGGUGUACGGCCGGGAACGCGGAGGCCAGGGGGUCCAGGGUGCCCGUGGAGCCCCAGGCGGGCACCUCUCCCGCAGGCCCCUGCAGCCUCUGGGCUGGCCGGAGGAGGAUGGGCCAGGCCUGGAAGGGCUGAACCCAGUGAGGCUGGAGAUGGGCCCGGGCAAGGAGAGAGAGAGAGGUCGCGCAGGCUUCAGGAACCCCUUGCAUGGACGGGAGAAUCACCCGCUCGGGGGGAUGGGGACACGCAAGGGCCGCGGCCACGGCCAGGGGCACGGGCACCACUUUGAGCCCAGGAGACACGGUGGUCAGAGAGAGAAGGGCAGGCACGGUAAAAGCUUCUUCCCGGAGCCAGAGCUGAGGGCCAGCGAUCUGUCUAAGGAAGGCCUCUCCAUCGCUUCCCUCUCCCACAGCCUGACCCCACCCCCUGAACCCCCCUCCCCCAUUGCCGCCGGCUACGGCUCGGGCUUCUCCAUGGUUACCACGGUGACGAACGAGCAUCCCCCAACGCUGCCGCCAGCGUCCACCAAGCCCCAGAGGCCAGGUCGGGGGAGAGGCAAGGAAGAGGUGAUGCCCACCCUUGACAUGACGCUGUUUGACUGGACAGACUACGAAGACAUGAAGCCUGUGGAUGCCUGGCCUGCCUCCAGGAAGAAAGACAAGCGUCGCAGUAAGAACCUGAGCAGUGGCAACAUGACGGUGGACACCGACGCCAUCGAGCCAUGUGAUCACCACCUAGACUGUCUCCCGGGCUCCUGCUGUGACCUCAGACAGCACGAGUGCAAGCCUCACAACCGAGGCCUCAACAACAAGUGUUACGACGACUGCAUGUGUGAGGAGGGGUUCCGUUGCUACGCUAAGUUCCAUCGUAAGCGCCGCGUGACAAGGAGGAGGGGGCGCUGCGUGGUGCCAGAGUCUGCCAACAGCGACCUGGGCGCCUUCAUCACCGUGUGAGGAGGAGGAAGAGGAGGAGGAGGAAUUGGAGGGAGGAGGAGCAGCAGGAGGAAGAGGAGAAGAAACAAGAGGAAGACCAGGAUUGGGAGGGAGAAGAGGAGGAGACAAAAACGACGUAUGAGGAGGAGGAAGGAGAUGAAGAAGACGAGGAAGCAGCGACCACGCGACGGAAAGAACAGACAGAUCGCAGACGAGACACAGACCUGGCUCGAAACACAUUUGAAGUCCUCUCCAAUACUGUCCCUCAUCUGGGCUACUGUGAGCAAUGGAUCCCAACCAAGAGUCAAAAUGUACGUACUGCCCCAUCAGGUUCGACUCAAGUGACUUCUCAUUGUAUUGGAGGUCACUUCAAAUUCUUUUGGAGCCAACUGUCAGACACUGCUAGACCAACACAUCUGGUCUCCAACACCACCCAGCCCAAUAGAGCCGUGUCCAACUCUACCCAAACAACUUCUUCACUUUGCAGUGUCUGUUCAUUGUCCUGCGCUGUACUAAUAGAAUGAAUGUGUUUCUGAUAACUGAAAACGAUUCCCAAUGGCUUUUCUACCAAUAGUGUCCCACUACUUACUAGAGGUAGCUUCAUAAGUAAGAUAAGCAAGGUGUUUGUUUGCGUUUUUCUUUUUAUAUGUCUUAAUAUAUGUUUUAUUUAUACUAUACCUGAAAAGGAUUCUGGGUCUAUGAGUAUAUUGUGUUUUUCAACUUCAUUGUUUCGUG